GGUGGCUUGGGAAAGGAUAGGGACGGCGACGGGGAUGGACGACGCGGGCGGGGGGAUCGCAGAAGCGCUGGGAAGUUCAGGGGAUCGAAGGGCGGCAGAACGAAGGGUAAACUGCGGAUUGAGAGCGGGCCGGCGAUGGAGGACAAGGGUGGAGGUGAUGGGCACGGCGGUGGGCUCGGGUCUCCCUGGCACGAUGCGAAGGAGAAGGGCAAGGGCAAGGGAAAAGGGAGAGACGCGCGGUGGGGGCGUCCGAGGUAUCAACCUGCUAGCGUGGAGGAUGUGUCCGACGAAGGAGAGGAUGGGAUGGGUUGUGAAUAUCCGAGUGUGAAUGGCAACGGGUAUGGCUAUGGGUGCCACGGAGACGGAGGCUCGAUUGAGGAGGAGUGGUGACUUCUGCUUGGAUGCGGGAGCCAGGGGUUCUGUU